UGUUACGCCGCAGUCUACGGUGUUGACGAAGUCGUGGUGAAACUUGGCCCAUAUUUGGGUCAUUUGGUGAUGCGUAUCAGGUGACCGCGUUAUUUAAUAGGGAUCUAUGACAACGCUUUCAAUCUGUUGAGGAGAUCAGGGGGUAAGGCGAAACACUUGCUCUAGCCCUGCGCCAUCGGGUGCUAUCACCCCGACAUGUGGCAUCCAUAUUCUGUUGGCGUGCUACGAAUCUGCGGUAUUCUAACCUGGAUUGUGUCAUUUGCACCAGUCCUGUGGCUUCCACGCAGUAGCGGAUACGGAAUAACUCGUUUUCGGGUAACAAUAGCCCGUAAUGUCAAUGUCGCUAGAGGCUAUUGCCACUACAAGGAUCGUCUUUUUAAUAGUACGUUAUAUUCCAAUGACCUGUGUGCGCGCCUGGUAUGUUUGGCCAAAGAAAAGACCGUCAGAAUGACCUGGUGCGAACCUCCGGGACCUGGUUGUCAUUGGAGCCACCGCAAUGAAUCAUUCCCUGACUGCUGUCGAACGGAAUGCCCACCACCAACGAGCACCUGUCGUUAUAAAGAUCGCUUGCUGCAGAGCGGAGAUUUUCUGUCCAUUUCGAAUCCAUGCGUUACCUUAAAAUGCAAUGCGGGAAAUCUCACUGUAAAUCCGUGUAGACCUGAGUAAAACAGUGGACAUGAAUCCUCAAGUAGAGCACACAAGUACAGAACAAUCUGUACUUGUGUGCUGCCCAAAAAAUGAAACGACCCAGACGUAAAAAACAAAAACAAAAAUAA